AUGGGCCAUACGAACACUCACAGCAGCACGCCCAGCAAGCGGAUAGAGGUGGCACCACUCAAAUGGUACAAUAAUAGAAACCACGAUGACUCAGAGAACGAGAGCUUGGUCAAUUCGUCGUUUGAUUUUGACAUGGCCGGGGCAUCGACUCCGUUGAAAACGGGCAAGACGCUGGUGGGGCGUGGAGCGGGAGACAUAUCAGUGUCGUUUCUGUCGCCGAUGAAGAAGUUGGACAAUUUGCAUUUGGAGUCCGAGUUGGACUUGGAUGAAGGGGAAAACCACGAUGAACUUGGAAACCAGACGGUGGUGGGAGAAUCAGACACCGACGAAGAGUACGCUGCGGGUUAUGGAGAGGAUUACGAAGAAUCGAGCAGUGGGGCCACUGGUGGGACCCCAUCUGAUAGUAAUGGAUACGGGCGCCAGCCGCCACGGUAUGUAAAUCGACGUAAACGGCCUUUGGACUCGCCACUGGAUAUAGAUAUGGAGACUCCACGCCAGGCACCAAUGACGAAUUCGUCGGUGCGCAGCGACAUGUCGAUAUGUUUAAACAACUCGACCAACAAUACGUUCAAGCUCAGUUUUUCCAAUAGCGAUUCGACGCCGUGUCCGAUGCAGCCGCGUAAGAAGUCGAAGUUGAAAUUCAAGGACUCUCCAAGUCAACAGCAGACCCCGUCACAAACUAAGCUCACCAAGGUGAAGCAUCUCUUAAACUUUGAGAAUUCGAUAAAGACCUCGGUGUCACAGAACCCGAUCAUGAACAAGCUAAGUGCUAUGACAAAUCACGGUAAUGGUGAAUGGACUCACGACGAUGAGGAGGAUGAAGUUGACGAAGACGAUUAUUUGCGGAGAGAUUCGUUGAUUUCCUCCCCUCAUCAAACGUCUACGCUCAACACAACUGUCAAUUCGAAUCAAAAUAUUCAAUCCACCCCUAUUUCUCAAUCGACGCCUGCCAAUUCGAGACCUCCAACCCCUAGUCAUUCGCCACAAGUGCCGAUAAUGGAUGAGUUCGGAGACUCUAUAAAUGGAUAUAGAUUUGUGAAGCCAACCAGGAAACCACAAAAUGCAUAUUAUAACUAUCAAACCCCAACAAAUAAGAUUCUAAGGUCGCAAGAAUUGAAAACUUCUUAUAAUAGGAAUGAGUAUGAUACACACUCCGCCGGCAAAUUAAAUAACGGCAAGUACAAGAUUGUAGGGGACUUGCCAAUGUCUUCUGCUGGGCUUAUGGAUGAAGCUGAAGUCGACUUACACGUUGGUGAUAAGAGAAUCAACGAUCCUUAUUUGCAAGUUGUGAAUGAAACUAAUACCAAUCAGGAACGAAUAAGUAUUAGGAACCAAUAUUUCCAAUCAUUCAACUCACCUGAUUUAUCUCAAAUGAAGUUGCCGUUAUUAACAAUGUUCAGAGCGAACAUGGUGUCAACUGAAGAGAUCGUGAAGCUUAUCAACGAUAGGCAACCAAUAUCAUCCUUCUACGAAUAUAUUAAGAAUGAAGAUGAAGAUGUGCUUGAUUUAUUGAAAAGGGAAAGGUUGAGAUGGCACCCCGAUAAGUGGGCUUCCAAAUUACGUCUGCAUUUACCAAAGGAGAAUUUAGUUAUAAACAAACAAGUCAUAGAUAGUUUAAGUCAAUCAUUGAAUUCAAUUAUUGAAAACCAUAAACAAUAA